AUUCUGGCAACAAAGAACGGAGCAGCGGUGUCCUACCUCAACCAGAAUAAGUACCACAUCUCAGACGGGUACCUGCACAUCAAGGAGGUGGAGGGCUCGGAUGCGGGGGAGUACUACUGCAAUGGGCAGCUGGAGGCAGAGGUGGAGGUGCUCACAGGUCAGGUCUUCUCCAUAUCAGAAGGCAGGACUCUGUUCAUUCCAUGUGAAGGUGAGAGGAAACAGGUAUGGUCCUUCAAGAAGGAGAGGACCUCUCAGCGUGUCAACAUCUUCACUGUGUUCCGGAAUGGGACGGUGCUGAGGGAGCGUGAUGACCCAGAGGGACGCUUUGUUCCCCAGCUCAAGGCCCUGGAGAUAGGCCGCCUAAGGCUGGAGGACUCGGGGAGAUACCUGUGCAACAUGAAGCUAGUGGCCAGGCUCAUUGUCUUGAAAGUUCAUGAGGAAACCGUAAUCAACACAACAACAACAACAACAGUGUACAUUGAUAGGCCUACUGUUGUCACAGAUUCUCCGACAGUAUAUGUCACAAGUCAGACAUUCAAAAAAGUGGCUGUGGUGGCGGUUGUUGGACUAUGUGUGCUUGUAGCGUCCGUCUUUCUGGUGUCUCUCAUCUUGUGGCAGAGAAAACGAAUGAGGAGACGGAGGAAUAAAAAGAUGGGCAGAAAAGGAGCGGGCGCCGGGCACAUUCCAGAGGAGACAGAGCUGCAGCCUCAGGGGCCGUUUAUAAGAGGUUCACCGAACACACAAAGGGAUAUGUGUCAGGUAAUUGACAGUCAUCACCACUUUUUUUCAGUAAAGCUUUAAUGAUUAAACAGAUAGUCUGAACCAUGUAACCAGGGAAAAGUAA